AUGUCUCUGCUUGUCUCAGGCGAACAUCAAGAGUUUGACUUGGUGUUGGGUGGAGACUGGAAGGGCCUGAUGAAGGAGCUCGGCUCGGCUAUGGGUGUUAUCUUUCCCGUGGCAUUGCAACGUUCCAUCGUUCAUGGUCCUAUCCCCGCCUUUGAAGUCAGAGAACAGACAUCUCGGAGGUCCGCAUCUCCUCCAGCUGGGUGCGGGUCCUCUGGUGGCGGCGACAGUGGGGGUCAUGAACACGUGGAGCCAGCUGGGCCAUUGCCAACCAUUGAUCUACCAAAUUGCUCUCUGCACAUUGACAAUUUAAACACAGAACAUGUUCAAUUUAAAUCUUUAAUCUGUGACCCGAGCUCUUCAUUUUUCGUGUUGGGUGGCAGCAGCUCUGCUGUUGUGGAGGCACUUAGACUUCAUGGUGUUUUGUAUGAGGGUCUCAGUGGUGAUGCCCGUUGA